UUCGGCAGGGUUUAGCAGGAUUUAGAAGAUUGAUAUUUGAAAUUAAUUUGAGGAAGACAGUCUGGAAAUCCCUGGCAAAUCGUGACAGUGUUGGUGUCUUUUAGUACUCCAAGGGGUGGCUAGAUAUAAAACACAUACAAGGCUUCAGUUUGAUCUGAAAGCAUCUAAAGCCUCCCAUGCUUUGCUGUUUUGAUCUUUGCUGUUGUUCUACCUGCCUAUCAGACAAACAGCUCCCAUCACCAUUUUUUUCUCCUUAUGUAAUUUGUAAAAUACUGCUUCCUCCUACAGACUGCACUCUAUCAGGCAGCUUUCUUUUUGAAGUGGAUGUAGGACAAGUUGGAUGUUCCACUAGCAGAGAGGUGGAAGUCUGAUGUGCAAAUGUUUCUUUUGUUGAAAGCACGGGCUUCGUGCUUUGUUCAUCUUCCUGCAACCCUCCAUCAGGAACACUGCAUCUAUUGUGUUUUUGUGUUUGAAGAUGAUCAGUGAUGCUGGAGGCUCUAUUUUUGAGCUGAGGAUCUAUUUGAGUCCCCUUAAACCAUUAGCAUAAUUUGGGUCUGGUGACGAAAUUUUCUCUUUUACAUCUUCCAGAGGUCAGAUUUUAUUUGCUUCCUUGUAUGGUACUCACUUUUGAACAGGAAAUGAUUACCAUGAGCUGAACAGGGAAUCUUUCUGUCAUUGAUCAGUUCCGUCAUGGAAACGCAGAAUUAGUCCUUUGUGGGUUGAAAAGAAACUUCUUCUAGUACUGAUAGUAUAAAAGCCAUCUCUGCAAAUAGCCAGUGAGUCAGACUGUGAGCAGCUCUGCGAAAACAUUACCGUGACCCCUAAAAUGCUCUUUGAUUACACACCCACUGUCAAUGGUGAGGAGUUCAGUCAUGGGCAAGAAAUGGAAAGCUCCAUUUGAGAGCAACAUACACACAAUACAUUAAAAAUUGAUGCAAUUUUUCUUCUAUUUGCAACUACCUGUGCACACCUGCAGAUGACACUGUCUCUGCAAAUGUCAGUUGCUGCUUUGCUGCUUUGUGUGCUUGUGUUUGGUGCCACACAGUGUGUGCAGGUCAGAGUAACCUUGCCAUUGCCUGUGAAGGACACACAAACAGCCACAUGGUGAAAAUGUGAAAUUCUGCAUCAAAUGCGUAUUGACAAAAUGUUUUUUAUAAGAAAAAAGCAUCAGGUCCUAACAUUUUUUUAGACCGGAGGAGGGUUUUUUUAAUGGUCAAGGUCACCUCAAUAUGCGUGCAACCCAGACGGCCUCUCUGGUGGGAAGACUGGAGACAGUUUUGUCAAUUUUUUUUUAUAUGCAUACUUUGUGUAAUUUGUGUUUUCUGUAGUUUGGCUGGUGUGUCAGCAGUGUGCAAUAUCUUUCAGACAUCUCCUCUCCUUUAAUAGGCAUUAUUCCGUUUCCUUCCUUGGUCCACAUCCCUCCCUCGUCUGUUUUCUUCUCCUCUCUCCCUCACUCGAUGGUGUCCCUACUGUUGCAACAUUCAUUUACCCCAGAAGCUCAGUGGACUAAAGUUCCAACAUAUUUGUCCUGCUUUAGAUUUUAUUAGAAUCUUUGGUUUCAUGGGUCUUGCUAAAAGUAGAGUUUGUCUUCCUCACAAAACCCAAACUGCAAACCUGGUGGAGAAAAAUUCCUUAUGGUCGUAUUUAAUGUCUUUUUUCUCCUUUGGAAUGGGAAACUGCUUAGACUGGCCUCUGAGAGCGGUAAGAUUUUAAAAAACAAACUUCACACCCUGAAAUUUCCUAGACUUUAGCGCUUUUAAAGGUUAAUUGUAACAUAUUACUUUCUUUGCUUUGGACUUAGGAUGACUUAGGUCAUUUUUGCGCAAUUUUUGAAACUCCGUACAGCUAAAAAGAUUCAAUUCAUGCUUCAGUUUGAGUAGAUUUAUUUUAGAUUCAGGCCAUGGUGUCAUGAGUUUGUUGAGAAGGAAGUGUUACUUGUUCGUCUCUCCUGCUUUGAGAUUCUUAAAGUCCUAAUGUAGAUGUGAUAUUGGAUUUUGGCAAGCCUCGGCUGUUCAACAGGAGCCACUUACUAAUGAGAGCUCAAUGUCCUGUAGAAGAAAAUGUGCCUGCAGUGAAAGUCUUAGCCUGCUCCCUACUGCUUUCAUUCUACUUUUUCUGCUUCUGUUUACUCUUUGUCAGACAGUGUAUAGGUGUGAGGUGCCAGUCUGUACAAGUGGCAAGUAAACUGUUAUGAGCAAUGGGUGGAAAGUUGGCAACAUGCUGUUUUAUAGAUGUAUUUAGGUGAUUUUUCCACCAUGUUUUCAUGUAGAUGACAUUGUUUUCUUACAUAGGCUCUUGUAUAACACACAGAUAUAUUGUGCAUCGGGCUUUAUUUAUUAGGGUUUUUUUCCGUAAAAUGUAAAAAAAGUGUACACCAACAACUUUUUUUCUCUGCCCACCCAUUGGAAGAUGGUCCAGGAUGCUGAGAGGAGACUGAGGCUGGUGCUGUCAUGUGCAGAGAUUGCCCAGUCAGGGUAUCUUGGGCCUUAUCAGGACUCCAUUGUUUCCAUGACACAAAACUGCGUUCUCGUGAGCAACCUAUUGGGACAAACCUGUGUCUUCCUGAGUAAAGGCAUGGCAAAGUGCAUGCAGGCUGAUAGAGAGCUGCGACCAGAAGAAAUGGAUGAACUGCGAGAUGCUUUCAAAGAGUUUGACAAAGACAAAGAUGGUUUUAUCAGCUGCAAAGAUCUAGGAAACUGUAUGAGGACCAUGGGAUACAUGCCUACUGAAAUGGAGCUGAUAGAGCUGAGUCAACAGAUAAACAUGAACUUGGGAGGUCAUGUGGAUUUUGACGAUUUUGUGGAAUUGAUGGGUCCCAAACUCCUUGCUGAAACUGCCGACAUGAUUGGCAUUAAGGAGUUGAAAGAUGCUUUUCGAGAGUUUGACACAAAUGGAGAUGGAGCCAUAAGCACAUCUGAGCUCCGAGAUGCAAUGAGGAAACUGUUGGGCCAGCAAGUUGGUCUAAAAGAAGUAGAGGACAUCCUGAGGGACGUGGAUUUGAACGGUGACGGACUUGUUGACUUUGAAGAGUUCGUACGAAUGAUGUCUCGCUGAGAUCAUACAAAUGAUCAGCACUGAAUGUGAAGCUAUGUCCUUUUUGUCCUCCCGACCACAUAGAAGCAGGGACAUGCCGAAACCCUCUGAGCCAUUUAGAUCUAAACCACACUGGAAUUAAAACUAUUUGAAGCAAA